AUGUCGGAGGACAAGGAGACGCUUAUUGCGAUGGGCUUCGCGCCGGAGCGCGCCGACUGGGCCCUCCGCGUCAAGAAGGGGCAGGGCGUCCAGGCCGCCAUGGACUUCCUCCUCGCCCAUGCUGACGACCCUGUCCCCGACCCCGAGGACGAGAUGGAGGAAGACAUUCCCGCCGGUGCCGAGGCCAAGUCGCUCAAGUGCUCCGACUGUGGCAAGGUGUUCCGCUCGCAAGCGACCGCGAGCUUCCACGCCGAGAAGUCGGGCCACGAGAACUUCGAGGAGAGCACUGAGGAGCCUCUGACCGAGGAGGAGAAGAAGGCAAAGCUGGCUGAGCUGCGCGAGAAGCUUGCCGCGAAGCGCGCAGCGCAGAGUAAGGAGGACGAGAAGGCUGCGCGUGCCAACGAGGCUAUCCGCCGUAAGGCUGGUCAGGACAUGGGCCGCGUCCGUGAGGAUAUGGCCGUGAAGGAGGCGCAGCGCGAUGCGGAGCGUAAGCGACAGGCUGAGGAGCGGCCUGCGCUCGAGGACCAGCGCGCCCGCGCCGCGAUCAAGGCGCAAAUCGAGGCCGACAAGCGCGAGCGUGCCGAGAAGGCGGCGAGGGAGAAGGCCCUCCGCGACGCAGCCGCUAAGGGCGAGAGCGUCGAUACGCCAGCCGCGGUGCCGAAGCCGACGGCGUCGCUGGGCGGGGGCAAGUCGUCCGAGGCGCCGCAGACGCGGCUCCAGAUCCGCCUGCAUGUCGGGGGCCAGCCGCUCGUCAAGACGUUCGACUCGAAUGCGCCGCUCCGCGAGGUCGCCGAGUUUGUCGCCUCUGAGAAUCUCGCGUACUCUGUGGACACAGUCAAGUUUGCCACGACAUUCCCGAGGAAGCAGUUCUCGGCUCAGGAGAUGGGCAAGAGCCUCAUGGCGAACGGGCUUACGCCGAGCGCGGUCCUCAUGGCGAGUGUGUAG